GUAAAACUAUAAAAUUAAAAUUUCUGAUAUUGGUUAGGUUCAAGUUAGUCACUGUUCCGACGGCGUUGUCUGUUUCCGGCGAAAAUUCACUGAAGACACGCAUCAAGCCAUCAACCCUUCUUGCUCAAUGGAGACGACGUGGAAAACAAGAUGUCUCUUUUUUGUUCAUCAAAUCCUCUGUAUUUGGGUUUAGAAUGAGUUAAAUAAAUACUGUCAUGCUGGGUUUUAAGUUUGAUGUCCAAUUGUGUAUGCUUUGGCCUUUAAUAAUAUAAAAAGAAAAAAAGAAAAAAAAACUGGUAUCGAGAGCGAGACCGCUGGGAACUAACUAAGCCCUAAGAUUCUCAACUGCCGAUUCGUCAUUGACACAAAUCUCAGAUCUUAUUUUGGCGCUAAUGGAGUUUUCCUUACAAGACGACGACUUUGGCGGCGAUUUCUCCGCUUCUAACGCCUCCAGAGCUGCUUCAGGCAGCAAAAGAAGUUUCGGUGAUCUUGAAGACGAUGAAGAUGACAUCUUCGGAUCCAAAAAGGUUCGUACGAAAGCUGAGGAAGCUGCCCCUGGUGUUGCAACUGGCAUGAUCCUGUCACUCCGAGAGAGUCUUCAGAACUGUAAAGAUGAUCUUGCUUCAUCUCAGAAUGAGCUUGAAUCAGCAAAAGCAGAGAUCCUCAAAUGGAAAUCAGCGUUUCAGAACGAGUCUUUCAUACCUGCUGGAAAAUCUCCUGAGCCUAGAUUUUUGAUUGACUACAUCCAAAAUCUAAAAUCUUCUGAGAGAUCUUUGAAAGAACAGUUGGAAAUUGCAAAGAGAAAAGAAGCUUCAUACAUUGUACAAUAUGCGAAACGGGAACAGGAAAUGGCAGAGUUGAAGUCUGCUGUUCGUGAUUUGAAAUCUCAGCUCAAGCCGGCGUCAAUGCAGGCGAGGAGGCUGUUACUGGAUCCAGCAAUUCAUGAAGAAUUUUCACGUUUGAAGAAUCUAGUUGAGGAAAAAGACAAGAAGGUCAAGGAACUACAGGAUAGUCUUACAGCAUUUACUUUUACCCCUCUGAGUUUAAAGGGCAAGAUGCUUAUGGAAAAGUGCAAAACCCUGCAAGAGGAAAACGAGGAGAUUGGACACCAAGCUGCUGAAGGAAAGAUUCAUGAACUAGCAAUGAAGCUAUCGAUGCAGAAGUCUCAGAACGCAGAACUUAGAAAGCAAUUUGAAGGACUGUACAAACACAUGGAAGAACUAACUAACGAUGUUGAGAGAUCAAACGAAACGGUGAUAAUACUGCAAGAUAAAUUGGAAGAGAAAGACAAGGAGCUAGAGAGAGUAAAGAAAGGGAUGGAGGUUGUUGUGUCUGAUGUUGCUGAAAAGAAAGAUGAUGGUGAAGAUAAAGAUCCAAACUACUCGGCUCUCCAAACGAUGUUCACUUCUAUACAAUCUGAGAGAUAAUUGCAAUUGUAUUCAUUCACGCUCUUAUAUUGUUCAAAGAGUUUUCUGAUAAAUGCAUGAAAACAUUAGUUUCCAUUAGGAGGCUUUCUACCCUUUAUUUUUCCGAUUUUUCAUUGAUAGCCCGAAGGCAAAUAAGAUGCACACAA